AUGCAGCUGAACAUCAUCGUUGUUGGAGCCGGGCUUGGAGGCCUUUCUGCCGCGAUUUGUCUCGCAAGAAAAGGACACAAGGUCACGGUUCUAGAGCGAAAUGCAGGCCUCUCGGAGUACGGUGCUGGCAUCCAGCUUAGUCCUAAUGCGACGAGGCUUCUUGAUGCUUGGAAUUUAAGCGGCGCUUUUCGCGAGUAUUGCAACGUGCCAAAAGUGUCCGUGGCCAGGAGAUUCGCCGACGACGCGGAGAUUGGGCUAAACCAUCAGAACCCCGAUGCGUCCGAGGUCUACGGAUACCCAUAUUGGCAGAUCUAUCGGCCGGACUGUCAGCGCCUUCUGUCCGAUGGGGCUCGACGGGCUGGUGCGGCGAUCGAAUAUAAAUGUGAGGUCUUAAAGAUUGAUGCAGAGAAAGGCACGGUCUACCUUGCAAACGGUCAAGUACUCGUGGCAGAUGUUGUUGUUUGCGCAGACGGAAUCCGAUCCAAGAUGCGCGGAUUUCUCGUCGGCAAUGACAAGACAGUGCCUGUACCAUUGGGAGAGUACAACUAUCGAGCGAUGAUCCCAGCGGAGGCCAUGAUGAGAGACGAGGAGACAGCAAAGCUUAUGGCCAGUACAGACACCCAGGCAUGGUUCGGACCAAGCCGGUUCCUUGUCGGAUAUCCGAUUUCCAAUAACACGCGUUUCAACCUCGCCAUGGUUGCGCCACUGGAAGACGACACACCAGUGACAGCGUGGAAUCAUCCAGGCGACACCAACGAGCUACGAGCCCAGUUCAGUGAUUUCAGCCCGCUUGUGCAGAAGCUGACUGGCCUUGUCGAGCAGUGCGCAAAGUGGAUGAUCGCCGAAAUUCCCAAACUGAAUGCCUGGUCCAGCCGGUCCGGAAGGAUAGUUCUUCUUGGCGACGCCGCCCAUGCCAUGUCUCCACACGCCGCGCAGGGAGGCGCCAUGGCGAUGGAAGAUGCAGCUGUGCUCGGCGAGGUGCUUUCCACUCUGACAACCUUAGAGGAUCUUCCUCGCCUAGCCGGUCUCUACGAAAGUCUUCGCAAACCCCGUGUCGAACGUGUGGCAGCUAUCGCCAAGGGGAAUGGCAAAGCCUGGAUGUUGCACGAUGGGCCCGAGCAAAUGGAGCGUGAUAGUCGGUUCAGGCGUGUUACGGACGAUUACCUGCAUGGGCAGCGGGAGGUAGGUCGCGAGAAGAUGGCGGAAAGACUGAAAGUCCCUGCGGAUGCGAAUGCAAAAUGGCCGCAGCCUGCCAUGCUGAUGUGGUUGUAUGGCUAUGAUGCAAUGGAAGCUGUCAAUCAGCUCCUUCAGGGUAGCUCGUAG